CCUCUGAAUAAUGAUCUCUUUUUGCUCAGAAGGAAAUGUUUGAAAUUUACAGAAUCAUAUAUUUAUUUUUCAGAGUAGACUAUAAAGGAGCAUCCAAUAAGACUGUUUAUAUACACCCACUGCUUGGCUCAGUUUGACAGCAGAACUUACAGGGAGAGUCUAAACAGAUUGUAGGUGUGCAGACAGAGUGGGGUCAUACGGAGUUGCUCUCCACAUGGAAUGCAGGCUGGUAACACUGCUGCUGUUUCAAGCAGUAUGGAAUGGUGUUCUUGGAAAAAAACACUUGGUGAAUAAAAGAGGACUCAUUGAAUUAUAUGGAACCCUAAAAUGUGGUACCAGCCGAUUUCCUUUGGCCUAUGUAGGUUACGGAUGCUAUUGUGGUCCAGGAGGAAGCGGAUGGCCCAAGGAUGAAACAGAUUGGUGCUGCCAUAGACAUGACUGCUGUUAUGACUUUGCACAACGACAAGGCUGUGACCCCAUAACAGACAGAUAUAAGUGGACUUGUCAGAACAAUACUGUGAUAUGUGAUGCUGUUCUAGACAGAUGUCAAAACAUAAUUUGCCAGUGCGACAAAGAAGCAGCUUGGUGUUGGAGAUUUGCACCAUUCAAUAAGCGCUACAUGUUCUGGCCAAAAUAUCUUUGUGGCCAAAUAUAUCCUUCAUGUGGCUAUAGGAAUUAAUAGUAAGUUAAUAAGAUUUUUAUAAUAAACAAUGUAUAACUGUUGAGGUGGGUUUUUUAAUAUUAGGGUCUUUUUUUGCACGUUUUUCAACCUGGCUACAAGUUUCCUAAUCUUUUAUACUUUUCAAGCUUCUGGAAUCAUGAAUCAUACUUUGGAAUUCUGCAAAUAUGUAAACAAGAAGUUGAUGGCAGCAGAGAAACCUAGCAUUCCUGCCCUUUGGUGAUCAUCGCCAAAUACAGAGGAGCUCCACUAUUGCAGAAUUAUUUAUUUAGAAAUAUAUGCUGUAGAAAAUGUGCAUAUGAAUAUUCACAUGUGUUACUUAAGUGCAUCUACCAAUUUAAGAAGCUAACCUGAUAAAAUAUAUAUUUACCAUAUGAUUCCAUUUUGUUUAGAAACAAUAAUAACAAUAUAAUUUCAUACAAAUAUCAAAUCUUCUUUUUAAAAAAAGGAGGGAAGGGAGAAACAAUAAAAAAUAGCAAUGGAAAUCAAUACAGUACCAAAAGAAAAAGAAAAAAAAAGAAUUGGGACUGUCAUGUAAUUUCAGUGCAAAACUAAGAGAAAAGUUGCUAGUAACAAUUCAUUUUUCAUGGGAUAUGGUUUUGUACAGGAAAUUUAAAAAGGCUCACUAGAAACUGAACAGAUCUACAGAAGGAUGACAAAAUAGCCAGGUACAAUGUGGCACCUUCAGAAUCUUUUUAACUACAGAUCCCUAGCCAAUCUAACCAAAUAAUCAAUUGUCACCAAUGCAUCUGUCAAAACAUAAACAGGAGGAUGCUGAUCCAAAACAAAUUCAUUUGUACAAUUAUUAGGUAUAACUGUCAUUAUAGAUUAUUUAAGUUUUUGUGGUCCUGUUAAUGCAUAUGAAUGACAGACACUGAUGUCAGUUCAGCCUUUCAGUAGCUGACAUCCAGCAAUGUCCAUAUGACUGACUGACAGAAUAACACUAGGAUCCAUUUUUAUUUUCUAUGUACUUAACUAAAAUCUUUAUUGUGAAAUUAGGAAAGAUAGGCUGAAAAACUAUUAGGUGUGUUCAUCACCUUGAAUUAUUUACAAAAAUAAAUAAGGCAGGAAAUGAAUAAAUAAAUAAAUCUUUCUUUCAGGCAUAUUUCUCACACUGGCUUUAUCCAAUUUUAUUUUUUCCCCACCAUGCCCUAAUAUCAUUCUUUAAACCUAAUACCAUGUGGCUUUUUUUGCUUUUGUAUGCACUUAAUAAACUGUCAAUAAACGGUCAUAUUUUAAACUGAUGUUUUUGGCAGCAUUUGCAUGACCACAUUAUCAUAUAUAUCAUCAUUUCACAUCAAUGUGCUUUCUAUGGGUAC